GAUGAGUUGAUCCUAUAUUAAGAGCUAAAUCGUAUUCAGUUGGCAGAUAAUCCUAUUUAGCUGCUCAGAUCAAGGACAAAAACACUCAUUUCAAUCCAGUUUUACUUGCUUUUAGUUCCUUUUAGCAGUGAAGCUGCAGCAUCUUUGUUCAUCUUUGUGGGCCGCUGUGUUCAGAACCAACACAUCAGAACUUCAGAGGAAAUGUUCCCUCCUUCAUUCACUCUGGAUGUUUCUACAGACCUGGAACAGGAUUCCAGUUCAGACCUGAAAAGGUUUCAGCCUCAGUUUUAGCUUCAUUCUCUGAAGAAAGCAGAACUUCUCCAGAUGGUUCUGAGGAGAUCAGCCAGCAGACAUCAGGAGGUGCAUGAAGUAGUGAAGGAGAGGACAAUCCAGACCCAGAUGGUACCUGCUGAACUCAGGCUGACUGAAGUCCAGGAGAUGGAGAACAGAGCAGAACCUCCAGGACCCAUCAGUCCGUCUAUGAGGAGUGACCGGUCCAAUGAUAAACCUCCAGACUUCAAAGAACCUGGACCCUCAGAAGGUCAGAACCACAGACAGAGAGCAGAACCUCCAGGAUCCAGCUGUCCGUCUAUCAGGAGUGACCGGUCCAAAGGUCAGAAUCCAGACUUCAGUGAAGAACCUGGACCCUCAGACUCAGAAGGGAGGAAGAGGAGCAGCGUUGGUGUGGAGGAGCAGAGGUCCUGCUGUGCUUUGUGUCAGAAGGUCCUGAUGGACCCGGUCUCUACCAGCUGUGGACACUGGUUCUGCAGACACUGCUUCACGUCAUACUGGGUCCAGUCUGCUCCAUCAGGACCCUCCUCCUGCCCCCAGUGUGGGAAAAGACCCAGAAGAGGAGCUGGACUGCUGGCAGCCAAUCAGAGCAGCUGUGCUCCAGAUGUUGGUCUGCAGGAGGUUCUAGAGGAACAUAAGAUCAGUCUGAGGAGGAGAUGUGAACGUGUGACUGAAGGAAGUGAUGAACCAGGAAGUAGAACCCUCCUCAACAGGAUCUACACUGAUCUCUACAUCACAGAGGGACAGAGUGAAGAGGUUAAUAGCCAACAUGAGGUGAAGCAGCUGGAGAGAGCUUCCAGGAUCCAGAACCUCCAUGACUCUCCAAUCAGGUGCCACGACAUCUUUAAAGCCUCACCUGACCAACAUGGAGCCAUCAGAGUGGUUCUGACCAACGGCGUGGCUGGUGUUGGAAAAACCUUCUCAGUGCAGAAGUUCACUCUGGACUGGGCCGAGGGCUUGGAGAACCAAGAUGUCCGUGUGGUGGUUCUGCUGUCGUUCAGGGAGCUGAACCUGAUCAGAGGUGAGCAGCACAGUCUUCUCACGCUGCUCCAUGUUUUCCAUCCAACCCUCCAGAAGCUCCCAGCAGAGCGGCUGGCUCGCCACAAACUUCUCUUCAUCUUUGACGGCCUGGAUGAAAGCAGACUUUCUCUGGACUUCAGCCACAGUCGGCUGGUUUCUGACGUCACACAGAAGUCAUCAGUCGACGUUCUGCUGACAAACCUCAUCAAGGGGAACCUGCUUCCCUCGGCUCUGGUCUGGAUCACCUCCAGACCUGCAGCGGCCAAUCAGAUCCCUCCUUCAUGUGUUGCCAGGGUAACAGAGGUACGAGGCUUCAGCGACGCCCAGAAGGAGGAGUACUUCAGGAGGAGGUUCAGUGAUGAAGAGCUGUCCAGCAGAAUCAUCUCCCACAUCAAGACCUCCAGGAGCCUCCACAUCAUGUGUGGAAUCCCAGUCUUCUGCUGGAUCACUGCUACGGUUCUGGAGAACAUGUUGACCACAGAGCAGAGAGGAGAGCUGCCCAAGACCAUGACUGACAUGUACUCUCACUUCCUGCUGGUCCAGACCAGGAGGAAGAAGAACAAGUACCAUGGAGGACAUGGGAGGAGUCCACAGGAGCUGAUGGAGGCUGACAGGGAAGUUCUCCUGAAGCUGGGGAGGCUGGCGCUGGAACAUCUGGAGAAAGGAAACAUCAUGUUCUACCAAGAAGACCUGCAGCAGUGUGGUCUGGAUGUCACAGAGGCCUCGGUGUACUCAGGAGUUUGUACAGAGAUCUUCAAGAGAGAGAGCGUGAUCUUCCAGAAAGCAGUCUACUGCUUUGUUCAUCUGAGCAUUCAGGAAUUUCUGGCUGCAGUCUACAUGUUCCACUGCUUCACCAGCAGGAACACACAGGUGGUGGAGAACUUCCUGGGAUAUAAAUACGGUGAAACAUCUCUGGAUGACUUCCUGAAGAGAAUCAUGGAUAAAUCCCUCAGCAGUAAAAAUGGCCACCUGGACCUGUUUGCUCGCUUCCUUCAUGGCCUCUCUGUGGAGUCCAACCAGAGACUCUUAGGAGGCCUGCUGGGUCAGACAGAGAACAGUCCAGGAACCAUCCAGAGAGUCAUCACCAACCUGAAGAAGAUGAACACUGAUGAUGAAAUCUCUCCUGACAGAAGCAUCAACAUCUUCCACUGUCUGAUGGAGAUGAAGGACCUCUCAGUUUAUCAGGAGAUCCAACAGUUCCUGAAAUCAGAGAACAGAUCAGAGAAGCUCUCAGAGAUCCAGUGCUCAGCUCUGGCCUACAUGCUGCAGAUGUCAGAGGAGGUUCUGGAUGAGUUGGACCUGGAGAAGUACAACACAUCAGAAUCAGGACGACGGAGGCUGAUUCCAGCUGUGAGGAACUGCAGAAAGGCUCGACUAGUGGGCUGUGAUCUCUCACUGACUGAAUGUGAAGUUGUGGCCUCAGCUGUGAAGUCCAACCCCUCCCUGACUGACCUGGAAAUAGAUCACAUCUAUAAUUAUGGAACCUUUGGAAACUCUGAGAUGAAGCAUCUCUGUGAGAUCCUGGAGACUCCAUUCUGUAAAGUAAAGACGCUGGAAUUGAGGAGCUGCAGUUUGUCAGAGAUCAGCUGUAAACAUCUGGUCUCUGCCCUGAAGUCCAACCCGUCCCAUCUGACAGAACUGGACCUGAGCAGAAACGACCUGAAAGAUGGUGGAGUGAAGGAGCUCUGUGGUUUCCUCCAGACUCCCCUCUGCAAACUACAGACACUGAGAUUGUAUGGCUGCAGUUUGUCAAAGAUCAGCUGUAAACAUCUGGUAACGGCGCUGAAGUCCAACCCGUCCCAUCUGACAUACCUGGACCUGAGAGAGAACAACCUGAAGGAGUCAGAUGUUCAGCAGCUGCAGGAUCUUGUAAAGAGUCCAGACUACAAACUGAAAACUCUGGAGUGGAGGUCCUGAUGAUCUUAGUGGAGGAGAGAAGCUGAGCUGUCCUGAUGAUCCAGAGGUUGAAGCUGCAGCAGUUUGACUUUAAAGAGACUCUGACUGGAUCCUGAUGAUGAACUCUGACCUUAGAGA